AUGGUAUUCGUUUCGAUACCCUCACAACCUGUUACAUCAAAAAAGUCGAGGAUGUCUCGGCUGGCUUCCGAAAGACCGGUGCUGCGGUGUUCCAAGGGAACGCGACUGGAGAACAGCGGUGAACCGGCACUGCUUACGCGUCGAGCGUUUCUGGGAGCUGCAGCUGCAGCUGUGUUCGGGCUGGGCAGCGUAGUUGCACCUUCAGCGUCUGUGGCAGCACCUCUAACGCUGAACCCUUUUGCGCGGAAGAAGGAGGCAAAGUCUUCAAAGGGUAGCAAAACACAAAGUUCGACGGAAAAGGGUUCGGACACGCAGGCCACUCCGCGGCGGAAGAAAGACGCCCUGGAGACGCUCUCGCCUGAGGACCAGGAGGACAUUGAUGAGCUCACGAAGCGCUUAAUGUCACGUAAGUCGAGCUCAGAGGAGGCAUCGCAGUAA